AUGGUUGUCCCACGCCUUUGCAAGGAGAUUCUGCUCCGCAUCUUUGAGUUCUCCGACAUGGAGACAAUCUCGUCCCUGAUGGAGAUUGAUGAAUUGUGCCACCUUCUUCAAACUUAUGAAAAAUCUAUCACAAGAAAUAUCCACCGGAUGUCUUCCCUGGUCGCCCCCGAUGAUGGAAACUCUCCGUUUAUCCUCACAUACGACGUGAGCGCCCUCGAGGAGCCCUCUCCCGAUCAGAUAGAGGCGGCCAAAAGGUCAGGUAGCGACGACUACCCACGAGCGAAGCCGGAGUUGGUCGUCAUGAAGACCUUUGAUGGUAAUGAUGAGAUGUGGAGGCGCGACCGUGAGAUCGACGUCUUGCUCAGAGCUCCCGCCCUCCUCAUCGAAAAUUCACAUGAUGGAACACCCCAUAGUUGGCCAGUCUUCCCAAACACAGAGUCAAAGACUCUUCUUCAGGCUCUUCUCAAAAGAGCCAUGAACCGAUGCGACGUCCUGGUCGACAUGGAGGGGCGGGCCAUGUAUGAAUUGGCCACGCCAUCAUCCUGGUAUGACUACAUGCCAGAGCCCGAGGGCGCCACCGCCCGGGACCUGUGCUACAGCUCCGCGACGACAAGUCCCUGCAACAACCAGUGGGUGAUCAACGGCGUGCUGAUGCCCGGGCUCACGCUCAAGCUCCAGAAGGAGUACCUCCAGACUUUGCCCCUCGACACACUCAUCGAACUCUACUUCGCCGGCACGUACCUCGCCGAGUGCCGCCACCAGACGAAAUGUGAACCCACCAUGGACCUCGAGUACUUCAAAAGAGAUCACGCCUUCCAGGAGGCAGCGCUCCGUCACGGCAGUUGGGCCGUCUACAACGAGUUCCGCGGCUACGGCGGCCGGGCGAAGCACAUCCGGGAGGUACGCGACCAGAUCUGCAAAGCCAUGGUCCUCCGGCCAAACGACGAUCCAACCCAGAGCGACGUGUGGCGCCUCGACGGGCUCAGGACGAUGCUGCACCGCAUGCUGCUCUCCCGCCUGGAGGGCGAGGGCAUCCGGGAGCAGGGCGCGCUCCGCGCCGAAGUCUACAAGCGAGUCGGGGCCGAGAUCGGGGCCCCUGACGCGUUCGAGAACCCUCCUUCUUUGGAGGGGCGUCCCGCUCACGUGGAGAAUGUUAACUUUGAGUGGCUCUAA